GGAACAACAAAGAAAUACAACACCUCACAUCAUGGGAACCGCCGGUAAAGCUUUCGAAGCCCUUCAAGCAGGCAGGAAAGCUAUUAAGCAGGGCCGUGAAUAUCAUGGCAAAGGACAAGAGAUUCUUAAAGGAGCCCUGGAGGUUCAUGGUAAAUUUCAGGAAGUUAAUAAAACAGCUCAAAGCUUCGGCAUAGAUCUACCAAAAGACGCAUCAAAUAUACACAAUAACCGUGGCCAGUUCAAAAAAGGAUCCAAAGGCUACGCACGAGGUUGUUUCUGUGGAUUCUGGACUAUACUCAAGGCUCAAGCUAAAAAGUAUAUCACAUACGUUCUCUCUCUCUUGGUCUUUGCUUUUAUCGCCCUCGGUCUUGUUUGUUUUCUGACUGCGGUGCUUUCUCAUCAUUCACAUUUGCAACUCCUUAUAUUAACGACAAAGGAAAGUGUGGUCCAUAAUGCUACGAAAGGCGAGAAUGUUACAAGAGUGGAAGAGAUCGUGGACUAUAAAAUCUAUCUAUUGCACUACUGUGUCAACGGUCUUACUACGGCAGCUGAAAAGAAGUUCAAGAUAACAAAUGGCUGCCACAACUCAAAGCAAGCAUUGUAUGACCAUAUACUACCUGCCCUCAGUUCUACCAUCAUACCUCCACUUCCUGAAAAAGGUAUCCUGGGCCCUACUGCGGAGAUUCAGGCUCUCUUCAAACACUAUGGAUAUAUAUCCUUCUGCCUAUACAUCCUUGAUAUAAUUCUACUGCCUAUUGUUGCAGUUGUGUUCAUCUGGUGGUUCAUUAGCACCUUAACGCCCUGGAAGCGAACCUUCAGGCUCGUUCUUUGCUUCUUCACAUCCACUCUCCUCGUUCCCGCAGUUCUUCAAACACUCCUCAUCUACCGCGUCGUCCACAUUCUCAAACACGACUUUGACUUUACCAAAUCCAACCUCGAUAUCAGUAUAAAACACGGAUUCCUCUAUAUCAUCCUCGCCCACUUGUUCUGGUGUACACUGCUCUUCAAUCUCAUACUUUUCCGUCUCAUAGACUGGCUUCGAAACAAGAGAAAAACGAGAAAACUUAGCCAGGCUCAAGGUACCUACCAGGCUCCAAAUAGUCAAGACUCGUCCGGUUCUCACCAGGGAAAUGAUGGUGUUAAUAAUGUUUUAUAUAAUAAUCAAUCUUUCGAGAUGAAGAAGAUGCCUCCAAGGGAUUCAAAAGAUAUAACGAGUAUUGCGCAAAAGCCAGUGGGGUUUCAAUAUGAUAAUGUCGACAUGAAUUAUGGUAAUGGUGAUUUGGGAGAAGGAAACUUAAGGCGUAAUAUUGAUUUCAUUCAUGAGAAUCAGAAGAAUAACCGAAGUUACAUGGGGGAAAGAGGAAUUUAAUAAUGUGUAAUAGUUAUUAGACGCUGGUGUUUCAACUACCGCGACUAGACCCAUAGGAUAGAAUAGAACUAUGAUAAGAAUGUAAAGCCAUGCA